GCACGUGUGUGUGUGUGUGUGUGCACGCGUGUAGAGUGUUUGUAUUGUGUGAUCCUCGUCUGGAAUACAAAAGGACCUCUUCACAGGUUGAGUGGAGGCUCACACUGAUGCUUGUGCAGGAUUCCCUUUCUUCUUCCAGCAACUUACCUCAGGCAUGAAGACCUGCAUAGUAUUUAUUUUCCUACUGGCUCCAGCAUUCCCUUUAUCUGUCGAAAAUAAUCAUCAUGGAAAACAUAGGACUUCCCACAAGGCCAAAGAAAAGGACAUUGCCGUUGAGGAGGCCAACAAGGCACCAGUCUUACCCACGUUAGUGACUGUUGAAGCCAGAAAUCAGGAGCAGGAAGAAGGGGAAGCGAGCGCAGAAGACAACGCUAACGCCGAGAAAAAGAACAGCAAAUUUGAAAUGACAAAGGAUAAAAGCGAGGCGGUUCUAUUGAGUCAGGAGGAACUUAAUGACCUUCUCCAGAAGGAAACAGCAGAAGAAGAAGAGAUGAAUGAAGAAGGGACCACAGGUGUAGAUGAAGAGGAGUUCAGACAAACAGCGGAAGUGCAAGAAGAAAAGUUGGAAAUGAAGCAAGAGGAGCGUGUCCAAAACAAGAGUGUAGGAGGUGGUGAAAUGUUGAUGAAUGAACACAAAGAGUCAGAAGAUGAGAUGAAACUCAAGGAACAUGAAGAAGAAGCUACUGGAGAAGAAAAUGCUGCUUUGUUAGAAGAAUCUGAAGGCAGCACAGAGUCCAAGAUACUGUCCAGUCUUGACUAUGCUGGUGACAGCGCAAUUGUGCCACCACUACAGCUAAUGCUAGCCAAAGUGCAAGCCCUCAGAGAUGACGUAAAGCCUGUUUCUAGAUCAGAUAACAAAGAGGAUAAAUACGAUGGCGGAGUUAUAAAUGAUGAUGUGAUGCAAAACACAGAAGGGGCAGAAUACCAUGGAGCAGCAAGUCGGGAUCAAAUUCAAGACAACAAAGCCAAAGACUCAGAGACAAAGCUGGCUGGAAAGGAUGAGGAGAAGAGUGAGGAUGAGAGUGGAAAUAAUGCCAAGGGAAAGACAAGGAGACCAAAGAAGAACCAAAGUGCAAGGAAACACUCGCCGCAAACGGAGGAAAAACUAGAUGAGCAGGAGCAGAACCAAGAGGUGCCUCAGGAGAUGCAGGGAGGACACGAUAACAGCACAGCCCAGAAGGCAAAGAGGAGAAGAGCAGGACAAUGGGGCCCUUUAGUAGGUGUGAACCCAGUGCAGAUAAGGGCCAAAGUGGAUCUCUACCCGAGUGCCAGGCCCUCACCUCCCCCAGAAGCCCCUCCUGAUCCAUGCGAUAACUUCCGCUGCAAGCGUGGAAAAAUGUGUAAACUUGAUAAAGAUAAUAAGCCAAAUUGUGUAUGCCAGGAACCUUCGGAAUGUCCCUCCAGUCUGAAUGAUUUUGAUCAUGUUUGUGGGACAGACAACAAGACGUACAACACAUCGUGUGAACUCUUUGCCACUAAAUGCAAUCUGGAAGGCACCAAAAGGGGACACAGACUUCAUCUGGACUACACAGGACCAUGCAAAUUGAUACCGCCAUGUGUGGACACAGAACUGGUCCAGUUCCCGCUGCGAAUGAGGGAUUGGCUGAAAAAUGUGCUGCUGCAGCUUUAUGAACACGACUCCGUGUCCCCCGGCUACCUCACCUCCAAGCAGCGAUUCAGAGUGAAGAAAAUCUUUGAGAGCGAGAGACGUCUUCGUGCUGGUAAUCACUCUGCCGAGCUACUGGCUCAAGACUUUGAGAAGAACUACAACAUGUACAUCUACCCAGUGCACUGGCAAUUUGCUCAACUGGACCAGCACCCCUCUGACAGAGUCUUGUCCCAUUCAGAACUGGCCCCGCUCCGGGUCCCUCUGGUCCCCAUGGAGCACUGCACCUCUCGCUUCUUCCAGGAGUGUGAUGCUGACAAGGACAAGCAGGUGACCCUUACAGAGUGGACCUCCUGUUUUGGCAUCAAGAAUAAUGACAUUGAUGUCAACCUUCUGUUCUAAGCCUCACUUUGUAGCUCAUUGACAGCGUCACCACAUGACAUAUGCUCCAACACAUCUUUUCUUUUAGCCAAGCAAUCCAUGAAUGAGGGGUCGGGCUAAUCUCUUAAUUUUUCUCAAAUUCUAAAUUUUUACCUGAUUUAUCUUAAUUCAUAUACAGUAUGUUGGACAAAUGCAGACUUCAACUGUGUGGGCAAAGUUUGGGGAAGCAAUGACUCUGCUUCAGUGCAGAACAGAGAUAGUGGAUCAGUGUUUAAAUUAAUGGACAAAAAUGAGCACAGUUACACUUCAACAUCUUGUAGAAAGCUGUUAUAGAUGCAAAGUGAGGUCCAUUUUUACUUCUUGUAUAUGUAACGACCGGGUCUGCUAAUACAUUACAUCUGAGAACAACAUGCUUUAUUUUAUUUUCUACAUUUUGAUACGAUGCUGUAUUUUAGAAGCCACUGCUAGAAAUCAUUUUGAAAGUUAGAGUUAAACCUGUUUAUUUAUGCUUUCCAAGCUGGGUAAACAUUUAGUGGAGAAUGCGUUGCACAGUACACUGUCGCAGGCUUCAUAAUUACUGUAAUUGCCGUUGAAUAAAUAGAUCCUUUGCAGCGUCCGGUAGCUUGGAAAAUUGCUUCUGAACUAUGUGUUACUUACCCUACCUUAGAAGGUGUUUGUGUUUGCACCCUGUGUCAUUAAAAGCUGAAUGGAACACACA